AUGUCUAGGCAGUGGAGAGAGUAUAUUAAGUGUGUGGACCAGAAAUUUAGAGGUGGAGCUGUGGAGUUUCGGCAAAAGUUGUGUAUGUAUGCAAUUGAGGUUGGGUUUGUCUUUGUCUAUGUGAGAAAUGACAAAUGGAGGGUUGUUGCUGAAUGUUUUAACAAGCUUUCUGAGGGAUGCAAAUGGUACAUCAAUGCGUCACUAUGCCCUGGUAAUAAUUUCUUCUAUAUUAGGCAGCUUAAUAAUGUGCAUGCUUGUUCUGGUGUUUUGAGGUUAAAGAAUAGCUAUGGUCUUGAUAUUACAUACCGUUAUGCAUGGAAAGGUAAAGAAAAUGCAAUGAAAGAGUUGCAUGGUUCAGAUGAGGACUCCUAUUCAAUGUUAACUUGGUAUCGUGAUGCUGUGAUGAGGUUUUUUCCUUGUUUCAGUGGAGUUAUUGAGGGUUUCAAGUCUUGCAUACCUCUAUUGUUCGUGGACGGUGCACAUGUGAAGAGCAAGUAUAAGGGUCAGCUUCUUUCUGCUACAGGAAAGGAUGGUAUUCAAGGUUUUUUUCCUUUUGCCAUUGCCGUUGUUGAUGCCGAAACUGAUGCUAAUUGGAAUUGGUAUUUUGGGAUCUUGAAGACAAUUCUAGACCCGCAAGGCAGAGUCAUUACUUUUGUUUUUGAUCGACAACAAGGGUUGAUGAAUUCCUUGGCUAGAUUUUACAAGGUUGCAUACUCAUCUACUGAGCAUCAGUAUUACCAUAACCUGAGGGAGCUUCUUGAUGAGGGCAAGGAUCUUGUUGUGCAAUUCCUUAGAGGACUACCUGUUGAAAAAUGGUGUAAUGCCUUCUUUCGAGGUAAUAAAUUUGGUGAGAUGGUCAACAGUACAGUGAAAUGUUUUAAUAGUUGGACUCUCAAGGCUUGGGAACUCCCAAUUUUUCCUAUGUUGGAGAAGAUCCGCGUGAUGAUAAUGGGGAAGAUGGUUGAGAGGAAGCUCUUGGUAAGGAAGUGGACUAUUCCUCUUUAUCCGGUAAUGCAAGCUGAACUUGUUAAAAAUAUGGAAGUAGGGAGAGAUUGUACAGUUAGUAGGUCGGAUGAGUUUGUUUAUGGGGUUCACUCCGAACGCUCAACAUCUGUUGAUAUAAUGGCCCAAACUUGUGCAUGUCAUCAGUGGCAGAUUAAAUCAUUUCCUUUCUCUCACGCUCUUGUUGCCAUCCAACGAGCGAGAUAUGUGGUUUACCCGAGAUAUGUGGUUUACCCUUUUAUUGAACGAUAUUACUUUAAAGAGAAGUAUUUCAAGAGUUAUUCCUUUGGUAUUAAGCCCAUUCCCAAUAUUGAGCAGAGCUAUGUCCAAUGCUCUGAUAGCACAUCUAUCAAACCUCCACUAACCAGAAGACCUCUAGGAAGGCCCAAGACCAAAUGUAUCAAGUUUGUUGGCGAGGUGUCUUCAAAGGAGAGGAUGUGUGGUCGUUGUGGCCAAUUGAGGCGGCAUAAUAGGACGACAUGCAAUGUUCCAAUAUGA